AUGCAUGCCCCUCCCAGCUUCUCCCACAAAAAAAACCAUCACCAUGGAAACCCAACAGCCACCGGAAGACAGCCAUGAAGCAGCACAAAUUUAUGCAGCACUGGGCUUGGUUGAAUCCAGAAAGAGAGCCGAAAAGCCACCCCGGGCUCUCUUCCUUAUAGCGGCAUCUCUCCGGAGAUCCAUCCGAAAGAAUGAGAAGUUCAUACAGACGUCAACGAGGAAAACCACGCCCACCAUCACCGACUUCCACAGCUCCAGAGCCCCUUCCCUCACCGUCCAACAGUACAUGGAACGUAUCGACAAGUACGCCAACUGCAGCCCCUCCUGUUACGUCGUUGCCUUUCUGUACAUAAACCGGUACCUUAAGCGUGUGGGCGUCCGCCUCACUUCCCUCAACGUCCACCGCCUGCUCAUCACUGCCGUCAUGCUAGCGGCCAAGUUCAUGGAUGAUAUGUUUUACGAUAACGCAUUCUACGCCGUGAUUGGGGGGCUAAGCAUAAAAGAAAUGAACAGUCUGGAGGUGAAGUUGCUGUUUGAUAUGGAUUUCAGGCUCCAUGUGACUGUAGAGACUUUCAGGCGGUGCUGCGUGAAGCUGGAGGAGGAAGCUGCCGGCGGCGGAAAUCAUGGGGUCAAGGAAUCACAAGCUGCAUCCACCAUUUCAGGGUAUACUUGCAGGUCCAUCUAAUUAGAUGUUUGAAUUUUUAUUUUUUAUUUUUUUUUGU